CCAUCCCGAAGAUACUGGUGGAGAAGAUGAAAGUGAAUCCUCCGGUGGUGGUGGAGGAGGAGGCGGAGGAGGAGGUGGAGGAGGUGGACAUCCCACUCAGCAUCGCGCCCCGUCCCGUGCCCAAGCCGGACCUCAGACCGACCAUGUCCAGCCUCCAGAAGCUGCGGGAGAAACUUCCAGAAAGGCCCGAGAGGAGGAUUUCGCGGAGUGAGAUGCCAAGGUUCCCCAUCGUGCAGCGCAUUCCAAAGCGAGGCCAGGCCUGGAAGGACGCCCCCCGCUCCUGGUGGCUCUGCUCACUCGCCCUGGUCCUACUGGUCCUCGUCCUGGGCGGCUGGCUUCUCGUCGGCCCUGGGACGUUGCCCAGGACCUGGGUGCCGGUGAAGGAGCUGAAGAUGGACUGGAUUUACAGCAUGUGGCCGGGUCAGCAGGAGACGUGUCAGGACCAUUGCAGCCUGACGCUGGUGGAGAGCAUCCCCGUGGGCCUGCUCUACCCCGAGGGCGCCCCGCGCCACCGGUCCAUCUACUCGGCCUGGGAGGAGCUGCUGGAGCGGGCCAACCGGUCGGUGGACGUUGCCGCCUACUAUUUCACCCUGAGGGCCAGGGGCCAGAGCGAGGAGGAGCCCAGCGCCUCCGAGGGCCGCCGGAUCCUGGAGGGGCUGGGGGCUCUGAGCUCACGCGGGAUCCGGCUGAAGGUCGCCGUCAACAGCCCUCAGCAGUCCGCGGAGGACACCAACUACCUCGUGGAGAAGGGUGCUGAGGUCCGAGGUGUGUGGCUGCAGAAUCUCACAGGCGGGAUCGUCCACAGCAAGCUGUGGGUGGUGGACGGCCAGCACGUUUACCUUGGCAGCGCCAACAUGGACUGGCGCUCGUUGACGCAGGUGAAGGAGCUGGGCAUCGUCCUGUCCAACUGCAGUUGCCUGGCCCAGGACCUGGAGCGCAUCUUCGGGGUGUACUGGUACCUGGGUGCCCAGGGGGCAUCCAUCCCCGGGCGCUGGCCCGCCGCCUACGCCGCCCUCUCCAGCAGGCAGCGCCCGCUCCACCUGACACUGAACGGCAUCGGCGCCCGGGUCUACGUUUCGAGUGCCCCUCCGUCGCUCUGCGGGCCUGGCCGCACCACGGACUUGGACGCCAUCCUGGACGUCAUUGACGACGCGCGGGAAUUCGUCUUCAUCGCGGUGAUGGACUUCCUCCCCCUGUGCAAGUUCUGCGACCCGCAGAGGUACUGGCCAGUGAUCGAGGACCGGCUGCGCGUGGCUGCCUGUGAGCGCGGUGUGACCGUCCACCUGCUGGUCAGCUGCUGGCCGCACACGUACGGCCCCAUGCUGGUCUUCCUCGAGGCGCUGGACGUCCUGCGGAAGGAGCCCUUGAAGUGCAAAAUCGAGGUGAAAAUCUUCCGGGUUCCAGCCACGGCGGAGCAGGAGAGGAUUCCCUUCGGCAGGGUCAACCACAACAAGUACAUGGUGACCGACCGCAUUGCUUAUGUCGGCACAUCCAACUGGUCUGAGGACUACUUCAUCCGGACGGCCGGCGUGGGACUGGUCAUAAACCAGACCGGGGCGGACGCGGGGAACCCGGGCACGGUGCAGAGCCAGCUGAAAGCCGUUUUCCAGCGCGAUUGGGACUCAGACCACGCCCUGGCACUGGGCAGCGAAAGAGUUAAAGAAUGCCUGAAAUCGAAGGGGAGCCAGUAGGCAGCAGUGAGCUUCGCGCUAGUCCGUUCCGUGAAGGCGGGCGGUAGGGAGGGGUCUGGCUGGCAGUGAGGUGGGGGGAGAGAGGCAGAGUCUCACACUCCCUCCCUCUCCCUCUCUCUCUCUUCCUCAUCUCUUCCCAGAGGCUGGGUGGCAUUUUCGUUUGAAAGCUGGCGUUGGUUUCGGGACUCCCCACCGCUUUGCAAUCCCGCGGGGGUUGGGGGGGGGCAGUGCCGACAGAAGGGAUUGCACGGCGUGGGAGCUGCCUGGACUGACCCGUCGCUCUGAGGGCGGUGUCCUGCUUUGAACUUUGACCCCCAACCCCCCCCCCCCCGUUAGCAGGGACACAAACUUCGGAAUUGGAACAGUUCUCCGAUUGUCCCGCCCCCCCCCCCCCCCCACCCUUCAGCUCAUGCAGCAAGCGCGAUUGUAGGAAGCAGCCUUUGAACGAUUUUGCUCCGAGGCAGGUGGGGUUGCUGAUAUUUUGGAUCCCUGUCCCCGUCUCUGCCUGUGAAUGCCACUCAGCCUAGAUUCUGACUCUCAGGCCCCGGCUGAUCUCCUGUCACUCACUUGCAAUGCUCACGGGUAUAUGCGCACACUUCCCAACUUCUCCCUCCCAGGUACUUGUAAUAUAUAUAUAUUAAAACAAAGCUGCCUUUGUAUAGCGUCUCCUCCUGACGCUAGUUCUCCAAGGCCACUUGCAUAGCGUAGGUAGGGAUAGGAAACCUUCUGCCAAGAAGGAUAAUUAGGAUUUAACGCUUUGUCGGAGAGGAGACAUAAAUUGUGUAUAUACUGCCCUGUUCUGCAUGAAACACUCGGUGGCCAUUUUAUAAGUACGGGAGUGGACCCCGAUGUGGUUUUCUGCUGCUGUAGCCCAUCAAGGUUUGACAUGUUGAGUGUUCAGAGAUGCUCUUCUGCACACCGCUGUUAUUCGAGUUCCUGUCAGCCUGAACACCAUAACAGGGCGCUCCCGCCCACAGGGCUGCCGCUUUCUCGCCCGUUCUCCGUAAACUUCGGGGACCGCCGCACGUGGAAGCCCCCACCCCAGAUCGGCAGUUUCCGAAACGCUCAAACCACCCCCGCCUGGCACCAACGAUCGUUCCACGGUCAAAAACAAAAAUCACCCGGUCCCCAUUUCAUUCCCGUUCUCGUGUCUGAUCCAAGCAGCAACCAGGCCUCGACCGUGUCGGCGUGCUUUUACGCGUCGUUGCUGCCGCGCGGUCCGCGACCAGGAGCACUAAUAAAGUGGCCACUGGGUGUAGCUAUGCUUUUGAACUGGGCUACGUGCUGUGGUAACGGUGUACAGCGUCAAGCGGGCUUGUUAGCGGCGCAGAAAAUCGCCCAGUGUUGAUCGCUGUUGUCACCACUGACUUUUGCCCCCCUUUACGGCUGCACGGGGUGCGGCUGGCUCCGAGGACCAAAAUCGCAUUCAGUUAUAAAAGUAUUCCUAGAAGGGAGAACUUUUAAAUGUAUAUUUUGUUACAGUUCUAUUUUUGCAGGCUCUUGUUCUGUAGGAUUUAUUUAGCUUGGACAAAGAAUGAGUGAUUAUUUUUUUAUACUGAUAUGUAGUAAUAACUAGCCAGACUCUUGCCUAUCGGAACAUAGUUUUUAGAUACGGGAAUAGAGAAUAUUUGUUUUGUGAACUUCUAUAAUUGCACCCAUAUUUUGUUGGAGCCUCUUAUAAACGAUACAGAAAACCUGUGUCCUGACGAAGGGUCUCGGCCCAAAACGUCGACAGUGCUUUUUAUAGAUGCUGUCCGGCCUGCUGUGUUCAACCAGCAUUUUGUGUGUGUUGUUUAGAAAACCUGUUACGUUCAUUUCUCAGUGUAUCCCAACAUUAGAAGUUGACUAAUUCCUCCUGGGUAAUUUAUCGGAGAAUCCAAAGAUUAAUUUUUGUUUCUUGGAAGUUGCGUGGGGUCGAACUAUGCUAAAUUUUAAACAGACUGUUACAGAUCCUCCCAGAGAUUUCCGAAAUGGCAGCUCUUCUAUCCUGAGGUCAACCAUGAAACACAGGAGCAGUAUUGUGACAUUCGGCUCAUCGAGUCUGUACCGCCACUGGCCCGUGGCUGUUUUGUUGUCCCUCACAAGGCCCACUCUCCCACCUUCUCUUCCUUACUAAUCGAGUGUCAACUGGCUAGUUUCUGUUGGCUAACCGGAAGUUGAAACGGCUGGUUCACAGAUUUAGCAGGAUGCUUCCUGGAUUAGAGUGCGUAGGUUGGGCGGGCUAGGGCUUUUCUCUUUGGAGAGGAGGAUGAAAGGUAACUUGAUGCAAGAUAAGAAGCUCAGGUCGAGGGCACAGCUAGAAGCUUUUUCUUGGGGUGGAAAUGGCUAAUUCAAGGGGGGUAACAAGCUGAAUGCAGGGAAGUAUGGGGGGUGGGAGGGCUAAAUUCUUUACAGAAAGGAAAAGGAGGGCUAUGUAGGGCUGGAUUGAUUUUAGAAUAGGUUAAAAGUGAUGCAGGUCGUGGGCUGAAGGGCUGUAGUGUUCUGCUUUACUGGCCCGUGGCAGUGGGAUGCACAGUUCAGCGAGCUGUGAUUCGGGAUGUCUGAAUCUGCUCAGUUGAGGGAUGGUAUACUUGGUCUUACUGAUGCUGCGGACGGUGUGCCCUCGCAGAUCCUGGCCCACAGCCAGGUACCCCUGCCAACAUUACCCCCGAGUCCUUAAGUCAAGACGUCCGGUGAGUCCUGGCACUGACCGAUUCCGACAAGGGUGCGUAACCCUGUCCCCGACGCCCCACUGGCCAACUGCCCUGCAGGCAAGUCGUGGCACAGGUUUAAAAGCACGAUGUCAUAUGUACCAGGCACAGAUAGACAGUGUUGGAGAAACCCCAGCGUCAUCUAGGUCAAAGUAGCUCUCUUAACCACCACCUCAUCCGUCACCCUAAACAUUCCCUCCACUUCCUGUCCCGUCCACAAAAUGACCUCAUUCACUCGUCUGGGGGGAUUCCGAAACCCCAAACCCGUGAGCUCUCCACCGAGAGCAGCAGGCAUGGCGGAGUGACACCAGCUCCCCUCUUGGAAAGGUAGCUGCGGUUCCUCUUACUGGAUACAAAUCCUGGAAUUUCCUGCCCAGACUGCAGUGCCGGCAAGAAUCAGCUCGAGGAUGUGUGUCAGUGCUGGCUUUGCCAGCGAAGUUGAAACCCCUUCUGAGAAUUAAAGUGUGCAGGAGCGAUGCCGUUCAGCCCAGCACACCUGCUCCAUUUCAUCAUGAUUAUCCCCCCGAUAUUUUGCGUUUUCUUUGGACUUGUUUAUCGAUGUUCUGGCAGCCAUUCACGGGCGUUCCUAGAUGUCCACGUGAAGGUGUGAGUGGGCCACCAAAUGGAUUUACUAUCCCUCUCAACCCCAUUCUCCUGGCUUUGCCCUCACUAAUCAAGAACCCAUCGACCUCAGCUUUAUAUACACCCAAUGACUUGGCCUCCACAGCCGUCUGUGGCAACAAAUUCCAGAUUCACCACUCUCUGGCUAAAGAAAUUCCUCCUCACCUUUGUGCUUACAACUAAAGGACUGUCCUUGCCUUCUGAGGCUGGAAACAUCCUCUCCACAUUCAGUAUUGUCUGGGGUUCAGUGAGUAGCGGCUCGGAGCCACCGAUGCCUUUGAGCAGGGAUAAUGCCAAACCCUGCACUGGUCCAAAGCUUCCAAAUGCGAAGGAGAGAGUUUCUGACAGUUUGACGUAAAGUCCGCAAUGUUCGGUAACUUCCAGCGACAUUGCCAAGCCACUGGAUAGCUUUCUGGUAAGGCGUAAGGUUUCCGAACGGUAGCAGUUAAUCCACUUUAAAGCAGAGUGGGCUUGGAGCAGUGGGGGAGACUGGGACCGGAGGGCACAGCCUCAGAAUAGGGCAUCCGUUUAGGACGGACGGGGGGGGGGGGGGGGAGGCGAACCCUUGGGAUUCCGUGCCACAGCAGAGGUUGAAACGUUGAUUUGUGAAGGAAUCAAAGGUCGAUUGGACAGCGGAGCAGACAUAAGACAAAGGAGAAGUCAGCCAUUCGGCCCAUCGAGUCUGCUCAUGAUGGGCAAACUUUCCUAAUUCUGCUCCAAUGUCUUGUACUCAAGUGUAUGUGAAAAUUUCUGCUACAACUGGGUAAGAAGCAGUGGCAGGGACAGGGGGUGCUGUGUGUGUUGAGCUCGGCCGGUACUUUAUUGUCACCAAGCAACUGAUACUAGAGCAUACAAUCAUCACAGCGAUAUUUGAUUCUGCACUUCGCGCUCCCUUAAGUACAAAUCGAAGUAAAUAUAAUAAAAAUUUAAAUUAUAAAUCAUAAUUAGAAAAUAGAAAAGGGAAAGUAAGGUAGUGCAAGUCAGAUCCGGAUAUUUGGAAGGUACGGCCCAGAUCCCGUUCAGCAGUCUUAUCACAGUUACCACUUAACGGACAGUUGUGGCGCUAGCAGAUAUUAAAUACCCUGAAGCCCUCCACACCGUGCAGGUUUGUGCACAGCCCAACACAACCCUUUCUCCCUGCAGUCCAAGGAGGGAUUAAAAACGGGUGUGAAGUGGGGCAGCUGGAGGACAAUAGGAGCAGGUAGGGUUGUAAAGAAAGCUAUUUGCCUUCAUAAAUCUUAGUACAGGAGUCGGGGUGUGGCGAGGCCCAGUGUGGAGUAUUGUGUACAGUUCUGGUCACCAACCUACAGGAAGGAUGCAGAUAAGAUGAUGGGAUAGGUUAGGACUUUAUUCCCUGGAGUGUAGGAAAAUGAGGAGAGAUUUGAUAGAGGGGUACAGAUAGGGUGAAUGCAAGCAGGCUUUUUCCACCAAGGUUGGGUGAGACUAGAACAAGAGGUCAUGGGUUAAGGGUGAAAGGUGAAACGUUUCUUCACUCCGGGGGUUGCCACUGGAAUUGGUGGAUGUGGGUUCGAUUUCAACAUUAGGGUUAGGGAUAUUUUGGUUUUGGGGAUGGAAUUGGAUAUCCAACGCUUUGGGGCGGGUAACACUCCCACCUUAAAAGGUGGCGCUGCCAUUGGUAAAUUUCCUUUCUACCUUGAAGUGGUUUUCUGAAUGCUGUUUUAGAAUGCUUUUUUAAAAAAAAAUUUGUCAUGCUUGUGUUGAAAUAAAGUGUUUGAUGCUUUUUUUCCUUGGGA